AUGGCUGCGCUUCUCUCACUCCAAUCGUCUUUGGUAAACGCAUUUGACGAUGCCGUCUCAGCAGACCAUGCACCAUCCCAAGACAAUAUCCCAACACUCCAUCAGCGUCUCCUUACACCUCAGAACGUCCCGCCGCUAUCCGAUCUCAUCAAUUUGAGGGUUCCUCGUUUUGCAACUGCGUUUUAUCAAGGCGUCGGCAGUAACAUUGCUGAGAAUCCGGAGCAAGCGAACAGGAUUACAUCUGGAGGUUGGCAUCUACAAUCACAACUGUUUUCACACGAUUCUUUGAUCGUGCGCGAGGCCGCAACUCCAGAUAUUCAACAAUACAAUUCCUACGUCGCGAAUUGUACUACUCUUCUUCGUUUCUUUGGUCAGGCACUCGUUUGGACCACUCUAUCGCACCACUUCUCACCGCCGCCACCUGGAUACGCAAGCCUAUCUCCUGGCCCAAGCCAACCAUCCACCGCGAUCUCUCUGCCCCGUCCACGAUACACUUUGCUAUCGGCAUUCUUGCUGGGCGGUACUUCGUAUGAGCACGAAGUUCUCGGUGUUCCAUUGCCUCUACUGCUCCCAUUCUUGGGCCUCAUUUCCAAGGCCCCGUUGCUUCCUCCCUCAGGGCUCUCCCCCAAAUCAUCUGGCUUACUUCUCAGCCAGCAUCUGCACGCAGCCCUACCAGAAACAACUCAGAGACAUCUAACCAUCUGCGCAAUGCCUCUGAAAUACACAUCCCUCAUCACCCUCGCUGUUCAAAACGCGACCCUGUCCAUCGUGAUGCACUACUCUCGUGUAACGACGCCUCCACACCCGUUGCAUCCCCCUCCAGUAGCUGUAUUACUAUGCGAAAUCCUCAAAGGGUCUAUGCAUUUCACCAUUGCACUGCGGAGAGCACAGGACAAAUCAGUCAGCGGCUUCGUGCACUCGUUAUUUCCAAGAGUAUCCACGCGCGAUGACAAGCCAACAACGCUCAGAGGAAGAUCUAAUGACAGCGUCAUCUUCCUCCCUACACCCCCACCAGCCCUCACGAAACACCGGCAUGCUCUCCUCGAGCUUCUUACCUCUGAACGUGCCUAUGCAAGCGAUUUGGCACUCCUCACGGAUGUGUCUAUGAGCUUGGCGACAGGUUAUCCUCCCCCAUUCGGUCUCUCAUGUACUAAACGCCCAGUCUCGGGUUCGAAAGUUUCGAAUCCUGGGUCCAACGCACCUAGCUCAAGUUCCCAAUCCACCAAAUCACGCUCCGGCACAUUGGACGACGGUCAUCUAGAAAUUGGGGAAAGUGGGAAAAAAGACAAAAAGGAAGGAGGUAUUUCUGGUCUUAACGAAUGCGAGAUCACUGUCACCAACUAUUCUGGCGCCGUGCGACAUUAUCCGAAGAAACUUAUUCAAAUCAUGGGCGGAAGGUUCACGCCGAGUAUGAGUCAGAGCAACAAGGUCCUGGUCGCUGGCUGUUCUCCUUCGACUAAAACACAACGCGCAGGUCGUCGGCCAGGGACUACAGAUAUGAGUGUGAGAGACGAUAGAGAGGUGGAGAUUGCAGUUAAUUUCGGCGAUGACGAGGGCCCCAACCUUGGCGAUGCUGGCAACAUAGCGCCCGGUGCAGCCAUGAAUGUCGACGACGAAUACAUUUCCCCUUCCAAGUCAGUGAGACAACAGAACCCGAAGCCGAAAACAAAAUCCUCGGAGAAGUUGAGGAAACUAUCACCUCAGCAUGUCACCGUCGAAGAAGAGGGUACCGCAACAGGUAUUGAUAAUGGUAGCUCAAGACUCACAAAACCGGUACCGCGCAAACGUUCGACGAUCAUACGAGAAAGCACUACAUCUAAUGCGUCUGAUAACGUCGUGGAGAGCUCUGCAGAGGAUGAGCCUCCCUCUAGCGUCGAGUCUAAAGCUAGCGGGAAGUCGUCUAGCAAACUGCCCACCACACAGGAGAAGACCAAGCAUCGCAAAGCUCGCCUUCUGCCCCCUUCUCCGAACCCUAACCCGACUCCGAACUUCAUCUGCAUCGGCUGCCAACAACGCUACGUGAUGCACGUGUCGUGUCACGUCACGCCUCCUCUCACGUCGCCGUCGAGCACCCUGAGGCUCGAGCAGUAUGGCCAUCUCCAGCGAUCCCGAUCCCAAGCGAACGCAGUCCAAACAUCUUCACCACCUCACCCCCAUCCCCCUCGCACUCACACUCACAUACACAUUCCCCUCCGGGAUCUUCUCACAGGAGCUCCCUUGGUCCUGACUGCUAAUGGGUUUAUUUGCGUUGGGACAGACAAGGGCCAGAUAUUCGUUUUUGACUUCAAGCAAACAUUGAAGUGCAUAUGUGGCAGUGACUCGUCUGGAUCAACUGUUGGGCCUGUCUCUGCGAUCGCGCUGUCAAACGACCAUACGUUUGUCGCAUCUGGGCAUACUACGGGCUAUAUCCAACUUUUCAACUUGAAAACUCCUGAAGUUGCAGCUCGAACCAUGACACCUGUUUCUCUUGCCACUGUCGCAUCUGGCCGCCAGGAAGGACAUCUUCCAGGCUCGCGUAUCAUCAGCAGAUCCUUCGUUGCUGGCCGUCAUACAGCUGCGAUCCUCGGCUCUGGACAUGCGAAAGACGGCCCCGGAGCACGCAGCGUAGGAUGCAUUGGUAUCCCCAAGGUGGGCGUUGUAAAUGCCUCCGCCUCGCGUAUGCGUUCUCUCCGCACUCCAAAGCCUCUUGCUUCGUCCUCGAGCAUGAAAUCCACGUACACAUCCUCCCCUCUCUCCAGCGUUUUCAGCUCCAACCUUCCGCACACUCGUCUUCAUCGUAGUCCUUCCAACGAUUUUGAAUUGGAGUCAAUCGUUCCAGUUCAUCCGACCGCCGUUCGUCGUCCCAACUACAUCACAUCCAGUCCGAAAACACUGGGUGACGAUGUCCUCGAUCUCAUUACGGUACCGCUGCUACUCGCGUGCAAAGAGUUUCAGCGCGGUCGUCUGCCUCCCACUAAAGGCGUCAUCGAGCUCACUGAUUCUUCGCAUUCUGCUAGACGAAGAAGGGUCCCGACACUUCCUCCUGACGCUGAAGUUAUUUGCAUUUCGGACAAGCCCAGUCUACCUUUGCAUUCGCCGCCUCCAAUAGUCCCGGAAUCAGAAAAUGAACCUGUGCUCGAUUUCGACCUUCAUGCUCCAGAAGACUCGCACUAUGAACCGAUGGAGCGUGAAUCCAACUUCGACGAAGAAUUGGCAAGAUCAGAACUGCAUCGUCAAGCAGAGGAAUUGUUUUCUCUGAUUGACCAGAAUGGCUAUAACGCUGCUCAGGACCCAGCACUUCACAUGCCCACCGAUUCCACCCCUUCAUCCUCAGAGCAAGCAACCGAGACGUCCCUGAAUGAUAUUGUUCCAGUCGGGAUAACUUCUCAACUCAAUGCAGCCGUUACUCCUCAUUUAUCAUCACCCUCCAAAACUUCAACGGUUCCACCAGAAGUUCUGUCUGGGACAUGCGCCACUGCGACCGCCAUCACUAGACCCUCGAUAACAUGGAGUUAUACCACUCCCAGCACCAACUCGUUAUUUGCUAGGGCGCUUGCUUUCAGUGAACCGACCGCAUCCGCUUCUCCCGUUGCUCCAGCUGCUGCCUCCUACAGAUAA